GACACUCAUUCAUACUGUCCGCUCCGGGUUCAUACGAGAUGAAUGUGUAGCUGCUUGUUACAAUGACCUGGGACAGAAUAGCGCUGUUCUUUCUACAACUUUCCUGGACGCUUCAUCAUGUUACAGCCAUUGAAAGACAGGACAUGUAUCCCUAUGGGCUGUUUUACGGCGAUGUUAUUCUGCAAGAAGGAGACGAUGAGACCUCCAAUGUGAUAUUUCUGACCAAACCCAUGUAUUUCUAUGAGGCGUCCUUUGACAAUUUAUAUGUGGCCACCAAUGGAAUCAUCUCAACCUCGGAUCUUCCCAUGGAGAAGCAGUAUGUAGAUGACGGCAUCCCCACAGACUUCCCUGUCAUCGCCCCCUUCCUGGCUGACAUUGACACCAGUAAGGGAAUAGGAUCCAUCUACUACAGGCAGACGGAUUCCCCUACCGUGCUAGAGCGGGUGAAAGCAGAUGUAAAAAAGGGCUUUCCAGAUGCAGUGUUUACCCCUAACCAUGCCUUCAUCGCCACCUGGGAGAACGUGUCCGCUUACGAGGAAGUUUCCCGCAGCUCCAGCCCAUCCAAUCGGCUGAACACAUUCCAAGCGGUUAUUGCAUACAAUGAGAAGGAUACAUACGCUCUCUUCCUUUACCCUGAGGAUGGAUUGCAGUUUUUUGGGACUCGACCCAAAGAAUCAUACAAUGUUGAAAUUGAGCUUCCAGCUCGUGUGGGCUUCUGCAGAGGAGAGAUGUCCUAUCUCAUCUUCUCACGGCAGGAGGGUCCGUCCUACAGUGUCACCAGCAAUGAGCAGUCCAUCAAGAACCUUUAUCAGAAGGGAAAUACAGGAACGCCAGGAGUUUGGCUUUUUCACAUUGGAAACAGCGAAUCUUUCCAAAACAUUGUUCUUCCGCAAGAUGAGGCCGUAGGUCACAUCUUAACCACAGUUUCCCCAUUUAUGACUGUCCAGUCGCCUGAUGAAGAGUACACAGAUGAAGACGAAUAUCAUAUAGAUCCAGACUUCCAGGACUCCACCACAACAGAGUUUAUCGAACCAGAGCAGGACUCGUCUGUUUUGGAGGGUCACAACCAGCAGACGUCCCUUAAUAAUUUGCCUCUCCAGCCUUCAGUUUCUGGUCCAGGAGAUGUUCCUCAGCCGGAACCCCGUCAUUUCCCCUCGGAGGACGUGAUCCAGCCGCAGCGGCCGCUCCCGAAGCACGCCAUCCUGCAGGUGUACCCGAACCGCUUGAAGGACAUCCCACCACACACCUCGGGUGGUCAAGUGUUCAGCGUUGAUGAGAAAGUCGACUUUGACUCCGGAGUGAUUCACUACUCCACCGAUAAUAAGGAAACCUGCGAACGCUUCCAAACGCAGUGCAGUCAGAAUGCACACUGUACGGAUUAUUCCACCGGCUUCUGCUGUCACUGCCACUCAGGAUUUUACGGCAAUGGCCGACAAUGCCUGCCAAACGGUGCACCUCAUCGAGUGAAUGGAAAGGUCAGGGGGAGCUUGACGGUGGGCGGCACUCCGGUGCAGCUGGACACCAUCGACCUGCACGCCUACAUCGUGGUGGGCGACGGACGGGCAUACACCGCUAUCAGUGAGGUCCCAGAGCCGGUGGGGUGGGCCCUCAUGCCCGUGGCCCCCAUCGGAGGUCUGUUCGGUUGGCUCUUUGCCCUGGAGCUGCCUAACAGCCUUAAUGGCUUCAGUAUCACCGGUGCUGAAUUCAUUCGGAGAGCCGACGUGACUUUCUAUCCCGGUAACCAGCGCCUCAGCAUCGUCCAGACAGCCACAGGUUUGGACACCCAGAACUACCUCAGUGUGGACACUCAUUUAGAUGGCAGCAUACCCUUCAUCCCUCCUGGUUCCACCGUGCAGAUGGAGCCAUUUAAAGACACUUAUCAGUAUUAUCCUUCAUUGAUAACCUCCACAUCGGUGCGUGGGUUCACAGUCGUUUCUGCUGAGAAUGGAGCAGAGACCUUCUCUCUCCAGGUCAAACAGAACAUCACGUACAGACACUGCAGUCACGGACCCCGCAGCCGUCUCCAGACACAAGAGUUGAGAAUAGAACGCAUAUUUGUUAUGUUCGUCAAAGAGGAGCGGAUCCUUCGAUACGCCAUCACCAACAAGAUCGGUCCUGUUGGAGCUGGAGACCCAGAGCCAGAAAACCUAAACCCCUGUUACACCGGAAACCAUGACUGUGACACAACAGCGCAGUGCGUGCCGGGCGAGGGACAGCUGUUCACGUGCCAGUGCGCCACGGGUUACAGAGGAGACGGUCGCAACUGUUACGAUGUUGAUGAGUGUGCAGAAGGUCUGAACUCAUGUGGUGCUCACUCUCAAUGCAUCAACCUGCCCGGAAGCCACCGCUGUCAUUGUGAAAGCGGAUUUGAAUUUGACGGACGAACAUGUCAGGAUGUGGAUGAGUGUCGUGACCAGCCGUGCCACGCCCAGGCCUUGUGCUCCAACGCUCCGGGAUCUUUCUAUUGCCAGUGCCAACCUGGAUUUCACGGAGAUGGUUUCCAGUGCUUUCCUGAGAACGAAGGUCGUCCCAAGACGCAGUGUGAGCAUCACAGAGACGGUGAUGUUCCUUUGAUAGGAGCGUUCAUUCCUCAGUGUGAUGAUGAGGGUCAGUACAGACCGCUGCAGUGUCACGGCUCCACAGGUCACUGCUGGUGUGUGGACAGUUUGGGCCGGGAAAGAGCGGGAACACGCACGCCACCCGGAAGCCCCCCGAGAAACUGUGAUGAAAUGGUUCCUGACCGUCCCAAAACCCGGUGUGAGCAUCACAGAGACAGUGCUCAGGGUGGAACAGAUGGUUUGCCUUUGAUAGGAGCGUUCAUUCCUCAGUGUGAUGAUGAGGGUCAGUACAGACCACUGCAGUGUCACGGCUCCACAGGUCACUGCUGGUGUGUGGACAGUACGGGUCAGGAGAGACCGGGCACACGCAGUCCACCUGGAAGCCCACGGACAAACUGUGAUGAGUCGGUUCCUGUCCGUCCCAAAACCCGGUGUGAGCAUCACAGAGACAGUGCUCAGGGUGGAACAGAUGGUUUGCCUUUGAUAGGAGCGUUCAUUCCUCAGUGUGAUGAUGAGGGUCAGUACAGACCACUGCAGUGUCACGGGUCCACAGGUCACUGCUGGUGUGUGGACAGUACGGGUCAGGAGAGACCGGGCACACGCAGUCCACCUGGAAGCCCACGGACAAACUGUGAUGAGUCGGUUCGUCCCAAGACCCAUUGUGAGCAUCACAGAGACAGUGUUAAAAGCGGAAGCGGGGAUGUUCCUUUGAUAGGAGCGUUCAUUCCUCAGUGUGAUGAUGAGGGUCAGUACAGACCACUGCAGUGUCACGGCUCCACAGGUCACUGCUGGUGUGUGGACAGUACGGGUCAGGAGAGACCGGGCACACGCAGUCCACCUGGAAGCCCACGGACAAACUGUGAUGAGUCUGUUCCUGUCCGUCCCAAAACCCGGUGUGAGCAUCACAGAGACAGUGCUCAGGGUGGAACAGAUGGUUUGCCUUUGAUAGGAGCGUUCAUUCCUCAGUGUGAUGAUGAGGGUCAGUACAGACCACUGCAGUGUCACGGGUCCACAGGUCACUGCUGGUGUGUGGACAGUACGGGUCAGGAGAGACCGGGCACACGCACGCCACCCGGAAGCCCACGGACAAACUGUGAUGAGCCGGUUCGUCCAAUCCGUCCCAAGACCCAUUGUGAGCAUCACAGAGACGGUGUUAAAAGCGGAAGCGGGGAUGUUCCUUUGAUAGGAGCGUUCAUUCCUCAGUGUGAUGAUGAGGGUCAGUACAGACCACUGCAGUGUCACGGCUCCACAGGUCACUGCUGGUGUGUGGACAGUACGGGUCAGGAGAGACCAGGCACACGCACGCCACCCGGAAGCCCCCCGAGAAACUGUGAUAAGCCGGUAAUCGUGCUACCUACUCAGCGCCCAGAGUCGGUCUGUGAGCGCUGGAGAGCCAGUCUUGUGGAGCAUUAUGGAGGUCAGCCUGAAUCUCAUCACUAUCUGCCGCAAUGCGACUCCGCUGGUGAAUUUAACCCAGUGCAGUGCUAUGGAGACAGCAGCUACUGCUGGUGUGUGGACCGAGACGGUCGCGAGGUACCUGGAACCCGCUCACACGAUGCCGUGAAACCUGCCUGUAUACCUACUGUGGCCCCUCCCACUAUGCACCCUCUGCCACGCCCAGACGUGACUCCGCCCCCAACAGGCACAUCUCUGCUGUAUGCUCAGGGGCAGCAGAUCGGAGUUUUGCCUCUCAAUGGCACACAGAUGGACAAGCAGAGAUCUUCAGUAUUGCUUGCUCUACACGGAUCUAUAGUGGUGGGCAUUGAUUACGACUGCAGAGAAAGGAAAGUGUAUUGGACAGAUCUGGCAGGGAGGACCAUAAAUAGGGCUGGUCUGGAGUCAGGAUCAGAACCUGAGAUUAUCAUCAAUACAGGUCUGAUGAGUCCAGAAGGUCUUGCUGUAGAUGUUGCACGUAGGAAACUCUUUUGGGUGGACAGCUCACCAGAUAAGAUCGAAACAGGAAAUCUGGACGGAAGUGACAGACGGGUUCUAUUUGACACAGACUUGGUCAAUCCCAGAGCCAUCAUCGUGGACUCCUCUACAGGAACCCUCUACUGGACUGACUGGAACAGAGAAGCUCCUAAAAUCGAAAGCUCCUCCGUGGAUGGCCAAAACCGACGGGUUCUGGUGCGGGACGGCAUUGGACUGCCCAACGCUUUGACCUACGACUCCACCACACGGCAGGUCUGCUGGGCGGAUGCAGGAACCAAGCGGAUAGAAUGUAUAUCACCAAACGGGACGGGCAGACGUGUGAUACGAAGUAACCUAAACUACCCCUUCAGCAUGGUGUCCUACGCCAAUCACUACUAUUUCACAGACUGGAGGAGGGAUGGAGUUAUCAGCCUCGGUCGAGAUAGUCAGCUUACAGAUGAGUUCUUACCUGAUCAGAGAUCUCAUCUGUAUGGAAUUACAGUUGCUCCCUCACACUGUUUAUAAGGGAGACGCUAAUGACAGAGCCAACAUUACAUGGUGCUAUUUCAGGCAAAUCUUGAAGUGCUUGCGCUGUGGGAAUCUCAGUCGGGGGUGGAGCGAGCCAAUCACAGACGUCGCAAGUUUCGUCAAAUGCCAAAGUGCAAAUUUACAAACAUGAAAUUAUGAAUAUUUUCUCAGAAUAGUUUUGUAAAUUUGUUUUAUACCUCAUUUCUUUCUACUGUACUUUUGUAUGUGACUUUUUGUUAAAAAAAUAAAAAUAAAUAAACCCAAAAACAUAAGGAACCCAAGAGUUUAGGUGUGUAAUUUGUAUGUGUAUAAACACACCACAAUGUCACGUACAAUUGCAUUGAACCUACCUGGUCUUUUACUAAGUUUCAUUUUUAAUCCUUUUUAUAUUUUGUAAGAUGUGAUAUUUAUAACAAUAAAAUGUGAUUGACAACAUAAAUAUGUCUGCUCACACCG